AUGGUCCCGUUGCGAUACAUCCAGUACGAGCAUGAGCUGGAGUCGCAGUAUCUCCCCGCCAUCCGCUCCCUCAUCUCCAAGGACCUGAGUGAGCCUUACAGCAUCUACGUCUAUCGAUAUUUCCUCUGCCAAUGGGCUCAUCUCUGCUUCAUGGCCCUUGACCCGGCCGACUCGUCGCUCAUCGGCGUCAUUGUCUGCAAACUAGAGAUUCACUCAUCCCACUCUCCGCCCACGCGCCGCGGCUACAUCGCCAUGCUCGCCGUCGCCUCUCCCUUCCGCGGCCACGGCGUCGCCACUGACCUGGUCAAGAAGGCCAUCGAGGCCAUGGCCAAGCGCAACGCCGAUGAGAUUGUCCUGGAGACAGAAGAGACCAACCUCCCGGCCAUGCGGCUCUACCAGCGGCUUGGCUUCCUGCGAUCCAAGAAGCUGCAUCGGUACUAUCUCAACGGCAACAGUGCCUACCGGCUCGUUCUCCCGCUGAAAGCUCCGGACCCGGACGCCAGUCCCGAUUCUUUCGACGACCAAGCAAUCCUCUGA